GGAGGAGAUUCGCAGAGUUCACUGGACGUGAGUUCACACAUUUUACAACCCGCUCAAAUUUUCUCAGACCAGACUUUUUCACGUGCAGGAAUUUUCUCUCUCAGUUGUGGCACUAGACGUCUGCCAUGCCAGACCGUCGGACACGACGAGACAGAGAGUGAGCAGAAAGGAUUAUUUAUGUUUACAACACAGACCUAUUUGAUUGCGCGAGAAUUGCGAGUGAUCUAAAUAUAGCUGUCACGUGACCCGUGUUUACAUACGUCACCGCCAUAGAGCCGUGGAUAUUUAGACGAGAUACACUGGAGGUAGAAACACAUCGGGAUAAAGUGCAGUGAUUCUGGGUGUUGUUUUGUGGAUAACUUUCUGUGGAUAACAUGGCCUGUGUGGAUACAGGCGACACUAGCUUGGUGUUUCUAUGGAUCAACUGGAUACUCUAGUGACUGGGAGAGUAAAUCAAUGUAUCUGACUGCGUGGAUGUUUGAUUGUGUGAUAUUAUGGUGUCACUGACAGAUGAUAUGGUGUCACUGACAGAUGCCUUACAGGAGCACGUUCGUCUUGUCAUCAUAGGCAGCGUCAACGACACGGCCGCCCCUCCCCCACCAAAUGACGUCACGCCGGCCAACAGCACCCAGAUCUCUACCACAGAGACGACCAUCAUGGGCACGCUGUUGGCCUCUGUCUUCCUGGCCAGUUUGCUGGCCAACGCUUUCGUCUUCGUCGUCUUCUGCAAGCGCAAGUCGAUCUCCAUGUCGAACCGGUUCGUCGCGAACCUGACGAUCGGCAACUGUCUGAGUACGGUGUGCAUCAUGCCGUUCGCCUUCACGUCGCUGGUGCUCAAAGACUGGGUCUUUGGUGCCUUCUGGUGCCAGGCUACAGGCUUCAUGAUGAACGUCAUCGUCAGUGCCAGCAUCUUCACGCUGGUAGUCAUCUCCGUGGACCGGUACUGUGCUGUGGUCACGCCCCUACACUACUCCAUGCGCCUCACCAGCAGACGAUGCACUUUGUUGAUAGUCUGUAUAUGGGCGGGGGCGGUGCUUAUCUCAGCCCCGCCCCUGAUGGGUUGGAACGCCAUCGAGUACCAGCUGGACAAGAUGGUGUGCACGGUCACGUGGUACAGCAGCACGCGCUUUGACCGCUACUACACGUGUUUCCUGAUCAGCUGCAGCUUCGUCCUGCCGCUGGGCGCCAUCUUCUGGACCUACGCCAAGAUGUUCCGGGCCGCCCACGGCAACAUCGUCAGGGCGCGGCGCAACAGCGUCGUCCGGGUCAACUCCGCCUCCACCAACCAAUCAGACGACACCCAGCAGCAGAACACGCCCAUCAACUCGAGACGACGGAGCAGCUCCGCCCCUAUUAUACGGCGCCUGAGCCAGUCCUCCAGCCGCUCCUCCUCCCUGCUGUGGAGGAAGGAGGAGUGGAAGACAGCCGUCACCAGCUUCCUCGUCCUCUUCAGCUUCGCCCUCUGCUGGGCGCCGUACUUUGUGGUGAUGGCGGUGGAGGCGGGCCUGGGCCGGGCCUCGCCCCUGCUGCCCAUCACGUCCCACGUGUCCACGGUUCUGGCCAUGUUCAGCUGCGCCUGCAACCCGCUGGUGUAUGUGUUCCGCAGCAAGCUGACCCGCCGGGAGCUGACCAGCAUCGUGCGGGGGCGGGCCAACUCGGACCACGAGAUCUGCGUGCCGCAUGAGUUCCCGCGCCGGCUGUCCGGCGCACGCAACGAGAGCGGCCGGAGCCUGCGCAGCAUGGGGGAGGUGGAGGAGGAGAAACUUCCGGACCUGCGGCAGGAUGACCUGCGGCAGGAUGACCUGCCCAGGAAGAAAUCCUCCAGCUCCAAGAUUGUGACGUACGGCGGCCUUGACCCUGCUACCGACAACACGGCCGUCUGCUGCUCGUGUGUCAAGGAGUGAACGUUCUGUCGUCUGCUAGAGAAACUCCACAAGACAAGUUUGACUGCUGCUCAUGCCCAAUCUAGGACAACUCGUGAAAGUGACAACUCGUGAAAGUGACAACUCGUGAAAGUGACAACUCGAGAAAGUGACAUGUGACAAUCUAGCAAGUGAUACCAAGUUUCCUUGUCCAACUUAUUGCUCAACUUUGACGGAGUUUAAUUAUCUUGGAACCAUUUUUGUUUAUAAAUUAUUUUUGUAGACAAAUAUUUAUGUACAUUUUUUGCUGACACUUAUAAAUAUGACUUAAACCUCACCAAUUUUAUGACACCUAUAAAUAUGACUCGACCCUUACCACGCUGAUAUUCUUAUAUGUACACAAUGUUCUUUUUUUUCCAUAAAAAUAUUUGGCAGGAGGAUAUGUAAAGACGAUCAUAAUUUCCAGCCGUAAUGUAAACAUUGCAUGUCUCAAAUUUUUAACAUUUCGCUGCAGGGGAAGUAACUGCAGAAUUAAUCCCCGCACGAAGUUUACAAUAGUUACCUCCCUGCUUUCGUUUCCAAUGCUUUAGCAACGAAAACCAAAUUGAUAUAUUAUAUAGAUCUAGAUAUAUAUUUUAAUUUUAAAAAGUUGCAUUUUAUGUAUUUUAAGCUUUGACAUUUUAAAAAUCUUAAUGAAAAAUGAAGUUUGAUUUGUAGUCAAAUGUCAUAUCAACCCUUGAACAAAUGACAUAUCAACAUUUUUUUGUCUAAUGACAUCAUCUUCCAUCAAUGACAUAUCAAGUCAUGGUUGAAUGAUUUUUUUUUACCCUCAGUCAAAUGGCAAGUUAGCCUUAAGUUCGCGAUUCUUUCACUCAUGUAUGGUGACACUCCUACUGUCAUGACAUUACUACUGUCAUGACAUUACUACUGACAUGACAUUACAACUGUCAUGACAUUACAACUGUCAUGACAUUACUACUGACAUGACAUUACUACUGACACUACACUACUGUGCAAUAGUGAACCAAAACAAAUACUCGUGAUUUGUAAAUGUGUAUUUUUUGUCAACAUUUUCCUUACAUUUUGUUAACAUUUGACCUACAUUUAACGUGUGUAUAAAACGUUGUGUUGAUGGUUAUGAUAAGUUAACGGAGUUAUAAAAUAUUUAAAAUAUGUUAAAAGUGCAUUUGCAUAUACCGUUAGCUAAUUUUGUCUAGCUAAUAGACAUCUGUCCUAAAUUAAUUAGCUUCCUGUCUAAAGCAAUUAAUAUUUGGCUGAUUGCAAUUACCACGUGUUUCAACUUAAUUCACGCAUGACUUGACAGACUGUAUGACAGACUGUAUCAGUCUGUCAAACGAGACUACUUUAGAC